AUGUGGUUGCAAAAGAAUCAUUGUGAUAAGAAGGAGGGGGUGCAUGGAGUAGUGGCAGUAGCAAUAGAUAAUAGUAAGGGUAGCAGACAUGCACUUCAAUGGGCCACCGAACAUCUCCUCACAAAAUCUCAAACCGUUGUUCUUAUUCAUGUUAAGCUUAGGCCAACUUCUCUUUCUACAUCACAUUCUCUCUUGUCUCCAAGGAUAUUUGGCAUUGGUGAUGGCAAAUUACCUUCUAAGGGCCUUGAUGACCCGGGCAAAGAGAUUUUUCAUUCAUAUCAUCUCUUCUGUGCGCGCAAAGAUAUACGUUGCAAGGACAUACUCCUAGAAGAUGUAGAUGUAGCGAAAGCAUUAACAGAAUAUGCUUCCCAAACAAUAAUAGAGCAUUUGGUGUUAGGGUGUUCAAGCAAAUCUACUUUCCUUAGAUUCAAGGUAGCAGAUAUUCCGGGAUUAGUAUCAAAAGGGGCACCAGAUUUCUGUACAGUGUAUGUGGUUUCAAAAGGAAAGAUUUAUUCAACACGAUCAGCUUCUCGUCCUGCUCCUUCCCCUUCUCCUUUGCUUCCACACCUUACCCAAUCCAAUUCUAAUUUAACCUCUGCUUCUGACCCACGUUUGCCUGCUAAACCCCAUGAAAGACGAUCCUUUGAUGCACCUCGUAGCUCACAAGAAGUAAUGGAUACAAUCAGGUCGCCAUUAACUCGGAAAGGUGUGAAUGACAAGUCAUAUGCAGAAAUGUCAUGGUCAGAUACUGACAUAACAUUUGUGAGCUCAGAAAGGUCGAGUAUAGACCGCAUGAUUCCUUCGUUAUACCUCGGCUCCGAUGCAGGAAUGUCGAAUCCUCGAUUAUCAUAUGGCUCUGAUAUCAACAUUGAUGGAAACUACAGCUUUGAAUCUGUUCAUCAUCCUAGGAUGUCUAUGGAUAGUCUUGCCGACUCUCCUGAAUUCUCAUAUGUUUCACAUGAUAUUGAUGGGGUCUUAUCUUCCUCACAUGCCACGGAUGAUGUAGAGAAUGAAAUGAGGAGAUUGAAGUUGGAGUUGAAGCAAACCAUGGAAAUGUACAGCACAGCAUGUAAAGAAGCUCUCACAGCAAAACAGAAGGCUGUAGAACUUCAACGUUGGAAAUUAGAAGAAGAGAGGAAAUUAGAGGAGGCAAAGCUGGGAGAAGAAACUGCAUUAGCAAUUGUAGAAAUGGAGAAAGCUAAAGCAAAAGCAGCCAUUGAAGCAGCUGAAGCACAAAAGAGGAUUGCAGAACUAGAAGCACAAAAGAGACUUAAUGCAGAAAUGAAAGCAAUCAAAGAAGCAGAAGCUAAGAAAAGAGCACUUGAUGCUUUGGCACAAAAUGACAUCAGGUGUAGAAAGUACUCAAUUGAGGAAAUCGAAGCAGCAACAAAUUUUUUUGCAACUUCCAUGAAGAUUGGAGAAGGUGGUUAUGGUCCGGUCUUUAAAUGCCUUCUUGAUCAUACACCUGUAGCAGUCAAGGUUCUGCGUCCUGAUGCAGCACAAGGAAGGUCCCAGUUUCAAAGAGAGGUUGAGGUACUGAGUUGCAUCCGGCAUCCUAACAUGGUACUCCUCCUAGGAGCCUGUCCGGAAUACGGAUGCCUUGUUUACGAGUACAUGGCGAAUGGAAGCUUAGAAGAUAGACUCUUUUGUAGAGGAGACACUCCUCCACUCCCUUGGCAAAUCAGGUUUAAAAUAGCAGCUGAAAUCAGCACCGGCCUGUUAUUCCUCCAUCAAACAAAACCAGAGCCUCUUGUCCACAGAGAUUUGAAGCCGGCUAAUAUCCUGCUUGACCGAAACUGUGUUGCCAAGAUCAGCGAUGUAGGUCUUGCAAGGCUAGUCCCGCCGGCGGUCGCUGACUCGGUCACACAAUACCAUAUGACAUCUGCUGCUGGAACCUUUUGCUACAUAGACCCUGAGUACCAACAAACAGGAAUGUUAGGUGUAAAAUCUGACAUAUACUCCCUUGGGAUCAUUUUUUUGCAAAUUUUGACGGGGAAACCACCAAUGGGAUUGGCUCAUCAAGUUGAGAAAGCCAUUGAGAAGGGAACACUUGCCAAUGUGCUUGAUCCUAAGGUGCCUGAUUGGCCAAUGGAUGAGGCUUUGAGCCUGGCAAAAAUUUCGAUCAAAUGCGCAGAGUUAAGGCGAAAAGACAGACCGGAUCUCGGCAAGGAAGUCCUACCAAUACUAAAUAGUCUAAGGUCAUUGGCUGAAAAUGGUGUUCUACAUUUCAAUGGCUAUGUCAGCCCAUCCAACCAGAGCCAAGUUUCUGUUCAGUUGGAUGAAGCUUCUUCUCCUUCACUUGCUUAUUCUGAGGAGAGCCCAACGAAGCCAUCCAUUUCAAACCCUUAG